UGAAGAGUCUUGUUCUAGAAUGAUGUGUUGUUUUCCUGGUUUUGUUUUUUUGGGUUUUUUUUUUGUUUUUUAGGAAUGGAAAAGCUGGUUGUUUGUCCAUACAAGAGGCCAAAUGCUCUUUGUAGGCUGAUUUGCUUUCCGUGGGCUGGUGGUGGAACUUCUCAACUUGCUGCAUGGGGCAAACUCUUCAGCAGCUCAAUUGAAGUGUCCUCUGUAAGGCUUCCUGGAAGAGAAUCUCGUCUUAAGGAGCCUUUUGCGAAAGACAUGACAACCAUAGUUAAUGAAAUUACAAGUGUUUUGUUAAAAGAAUUGCAAGAAAAACCAUUUGCAUUUUUUGGUCACAGUUUUGGAUCUUAUAUUAGUUUUGCAGUUGCACUACACUUGAAAGAAAAGUACGGACUAGAGCCGAUCCAUCUUUUUGUAUCAGGGGCACAUGCCCCAAAUUCUGAAGCAUUUCUUCCCAUCAAAAGCAUACCCCUAUGUGAUGCACAAGAUGAAGACAUUAUUACAUAUAUACAACUCCUAGGAGGAACUCCUUCUGAGUUUCUCCAAUAUGAAGAUGUUAAGAAACAUCUGAUACAUACUUUCAGAGAAGAUAUUAGAGUUCUUCAGACAUUUUCUUUUGAGAAGGCAGAAAGGAAUAUCCCCUUCUCUUGUGAUAUUACUUGCUUUAAUGGGUCCGAAGAUAAACCACAUGAUUUAGAAGCCUGGCACGAUCUAACAAGUGGAGAUACUUCCUUUUAUGACCUUCCUGGAGGUCACUUUUAUCUGCUGGAACCCUCUAAUGCAAUUUUCUUGACAAAACACAUAACAAGAUGUAUAGAAAAUGCUGGUCUAUGAGUAUUUCCCUCUAUUUUAAUGGCAAAGGUGUAAGAUUAGUCCACAGCACUUCAUAAUAAGUCAUCAUUUCUGACAAUUGCAUGCAGUUAUACCUAAGAGUUGUACUGUUCCUCCAGAUCUUUGUCGUAAUCCUUUUAAAAGGGGGCAAUUUUUCUGAUUUUUUUUUUUUUAGUAAACACUGGCUUUGGGUCUUAAAAAUAAAAUUUUCAUGUUUUCCCUGUUCUCAUCUUGCAUGUGCACAAACCCUUCAUUCUAUAACCUCAUUUGCAAAAAAUGACAGCUAUGUUAUUUUACUUUCAGAGCUUCUCUUUGUGUGCUUCUGCAAAACUGCUAAAUAUAAUUCCAUACCCACAAAAAUCCACAAUUCUUAUAGAAAGCUUAAUUUAUUAGAUUCAAAUUUAUUUAGAAUAAGAUACAAUCUAAAAAUAGAGCAUGUAUGUAAAUAGCCUUUACAGUCAAACAUCUUAUGCUUAAAAGAUUUUACUGUCAGACUAAACAAUAAGGAGUUAGUAUUGCAUUUUCCAUAACAGAGUUAGUUCAUUAGCCACUGAAGAGUUAGUUAUUAGUGGGAAUUAUUCUGAGGAUUCUAGAUCCCAUAUUUUUCUAUCAUUGCUUUUGCUUUAGAGAUAUAGGCAUUCAUGGCGUCCUCCUUCGAUAAACCU